GCGGGUGCUGCCUGCGGAUCCUGAGACGGCGAGCCAUGGACGGACUAGAAGAAAAUGGAAGUGUUGUCCAAGUUGGAGAAUUGUUGCCCUGCAAGAUUUGUGGAAGAACAUUCUUCCCAUUAGCAUUGAAAAAACAUGGACCCAUUUGCCAGAAAACAGCCACUAAAAAGCGGAAGACCUUUGAUUCCAGCCGGCAGAGAGCUGAAGGGACUGACAUUCCCACAGUCAAACCUCUCAAACCCAGGCCAGAACCACCAAAGAAGCCAUCUAAUUGGAGAAGAAAGCAUGAGGAAUUCAUUGCCACCAUAAGAGCAGCAAAAGGCCUUGAUCAGGCUCUCAAAGAGGGUGGCAAACUUCCUCCUCCUCCUCCGCCUUCUUAUGACCCUGAUUACAUUCAGUGUCCAUAUUGCCAGAGGAGGUUCAAUGAAAAUGCAGCCGACAGACAUAUAAAUUUUUGUAAAGAACAAGCAGCACGAAUUAGUAACAAGGGCAAAUUUUCUACUGAUUCCAAAGGAAAACCAGCUUCCCGGCCACAGUAUAAGCCAUCUCCGCUUAAAAAAUCCAAUCCUCCUGGAAGCACAUCAUCCGGAUCUUCCAGACUGCCACAGCCAAGUACUACUAGCAAAACAAGUGUAGGUGUGCCUGCGGGUAAAGCGGCUUCAGUUAACAGUCCUUUGGGAAACAAACCUCAGACCUUAUCUCCUUCUCAUAGAGCAAUAGCAGCCCCUCAGGCAGGAGCUAACACCAAGUCUCGAAAUACCACACCUCCUAGUUUGGCAAGAAAUUCUGUGCCAGGCGGGCUUAUCAACAAAAGAAAGACUUUUACUGAGAGCUAUGCAGCCAGGCCAGAUGGAGACUAUACAUCUUCAGUUAAUGGUGGAAACCUUAAAGGCAUCGAGGGAAAUUCAUCAGGACAUUUACCAAAAUUCUGCCAUGAGUGUGGGACAAAGUACCCUGUGGAGUGGGCAAAGUUCUGCUGUGAAUGUGGCAUUCGGAGAAUGAUUCUGUGAACAGAGUCAAAUGCUAAGAGUCCAGAUUCAGAAUUUAAUGACUAUUGCUGCUUUGACACCCAUGGCACUUCUUAUAGUUAAGUUGUGCUAAAGCUAUUUAUAGUACCAUUU